UAUCAAAGACAGAGAGAAAGAGCAAAGGAGGUUCUUUUUCCAAAUUGUUGUAGCUAGCUUCGAGCCUCGCUGUGAAUUCAGAGAGUGAUUGAUUGGUUCUUCCUGAUUACUGUGCUGCAGUGAAAAGGGAAGAGGAAACAUGGGUUGGAUUCCCUGUUCUGGAAAUUCAGGCACUAAGAAGAAGAUUGAAAAGAUGGAAGUGCAGGACAGCCACGUUGGUCAGAUCAAAGCCAACCCAGGGAAAUUGAAGAGGAAUUCAUCUACAAAUUCCAAAGAUACAUCUAAAAAUGGGAACCCUGAUCACAUUGCUGCACAGACUUUCUCUUUCCGUGAGUUGGCAACUGCAACUAGAAAUUUUAGAGCAGAAUGUCUGUUGGGUGAGGGAGGCUUUGGUAGAGUAUACAAAGGGCGUUUGGAAAGUAUUAAUCAGAAAGUUGUUGCAAUUAAGCAACUAGACCGAAAUGGACUGCAAGGGAAUAGGGAAUUCCUUGUUGAAGUGUUGAUGUUAAGUCUACUUCACCACCCUAACCUUGUCAACCUUAUUGGUUAUUGUGCUGAUGGAGAUCAAAGGCUUCUAGUUUAUGAAUAUAUGCCGUUAGGAUCCUUGGAAGACCACUUGCAUGAUAUUCCUCCUGGCAAGAAACGACUUGACUGGAAUACACGAAUGAAAAUAGCUGCUGGGGCAGCAAAAGGAUUGGAAUAUCUGCAUGACAAAGCUAAUCCUCCUGUCAUAUACCGUGAUUUGAAGUGCUCCAACAUUUUGCUUGGUGAAGGUUAUCACCCGAAGUUAUCUGAUUUUGGUUUGGCUAAACUUGGCCCAGUUGGGGAGAACACCCAUGUAUCAACAAGGGUUAUGGGAACCUAUGGAUAUUGUGCUCCAGAGUAUGCAAUGACUGGUCAACUGACUCUGAAAUCAGAUGUUUAUAGCUUUGGCGUAGUUCUUCUGGAAAUAAUUACUGGAAGGAAAGCCAUUGAUAAUUCAAAAUCUGCAGGAGAGCAGAAUCUUGUUGCAUGGGCUAGACCCUUGUUUAAAGAUAGAAGAAAAUUUUCACAAAUGGCUGAUCCAAUGCUACAAGGUCAAUAUCCUCCAAGAGGGCUAUACCAGGCCCUUGCUGUUGCAGCAAUGUGUGUUCAGGAACAGGCUAAUAUGCGUCCAGUUAUAGCUGAUGUUGUCACAGCUUUGUCAUACCUUGCUUUACACAGAUAUGAUCCCAAUACACAGACAGCUCAAAGCUCUCGCCUUGCUCCUGGUACUCCUCCUAGAACCAGGAGAGGGCAGUGAUAUGCUCCUCAAUGUUUGGUGGAUAUAACAUACUCUGGAGAAAUUUUCAAAUAUCUUAUUUAUUGGACUUCUCAACACGCUUCAAGAUAUAGGUUUAUAGAUGUUAAUAUCAGUUGUCCUUUGGUGUUGUUCUCUCAGUUCAGAGCAUAGUUGGGAAAAACCUUUUGGAAUUUUGUUCUACAUCUGUUGCACAAAACUGCUCCGAUUUCUACUUGGAGCUAAGAUAGUAUUUCCACUUAUUUUUCUCUCAAUUUUUAUUUAAGAGCAAAUUGCUGGAUUCAUAAUUCAUGUGCCUUUUGUCUUGGCGAUGAUUCUACUGGUUU